AUGUGAUAGGUUAUAAUGAUAAGCAAGAUUUAUAAUUUGAAUAUCCGGUAAAUGGCCUUUAAACAUUAUACUGUGAACAGUAUGAUAAUGAACAGAAAUUGAUAGAAAACAUCUGUUGGGAAUUUUUUUUAAAAAUUUGAACCGAUAGCACUUCAGAACUAAAUUUUAGAGUACCAUGUGUAAAUCUAAAUUAUAUAUAUGCUAUAAAACUAAAUAAAAAACUUCCAUCAUUCGACUUUUCGUUUAAAUUAUGGGACAUAUCAGGCUCUUCUAUCCUCCAAAGCUUCAAGAUUUCGGUAAGUUAUGCCAGUCAUCAGAUUCUGAAGACACUUCAGACCUCAACAUGAACACACACCUGUUCCGUACAGUUUCCAGAAUCUCGAAGACACACGAUUGCGAAGCAUGCCAUAUGUACCCCCUGGAGGAUUUCAAACACCGUGACGAACGCAGAUCCAAAAACAUGUCUGACAAACUCGGCUUUAAACAGGUUAAGCAAGAUGAUAAGAUGCAAGAGUUGGUUUUGCUCUUGGUGAAGUUGAGCUAUCUCAAGACGAAACUUUCGAGAAUAUACCGUCCUGAAAAUUUCAAGCACGCGAUGCUCUAUUCUAUGAUGAACAAUGUUCGGGAAGAUUUGCAUAGGAUGGUGAGGAAGAAUGAAAUGAGGGACUCUUUGCUCCGAGAAGGUGCCUCAAAGCUGGAGACCAUCGACCGACUCCUGAGGACUGAAGUGGUCCGGGCCUUCAAAGCCAGGGUUCGGAUUGAGCAGCCCAAGGGACACCGACAUACCGACAGUUCACAAUCAGCAAGAAAUUAAAAGUCUGACGACUUACAAUAAAAUGUGUUGUCUUCUAGAUAUUUCUUUUACAUAUGAAUUUAAAUGAACCGUCAAAACUUUUAUCGUAUGUGAUAACUUAACCUCAUACAUAUAUUUACUCAACGAUAAGGCUACAUCUCAUUUUUUUUAUAGCGGCAUUGGAUAAAUAUAUACAGCUAGCUAGAAUUUCAUUUUCACAUAAAUCUAUUUUCUACUAAUAUAUACUAUUAUAUUUUUUGAAAAAUAUAACUAUUAGAUCGUCAUUUUUAAUCAAUCGCAAC